AUGAGGACUAGGCAAACAGUGGCCUUUUUGGGACAGGCCUUCAGACUCAUAGCCUCCAAUAUGCUAGUGCUGGGGCAUCCUGUGGGCGGUAAGUCAGCUCCAUGAGUCUGGAGGCAGAGGCAGAGCUAGUCUGGACAGCAACAGGGCUAAAACACAAGGGGUGGCUGCGAGGGGAGUGAGGGAAAGUGGCAAUAGGCUGGGUACCCAGCAUUCAAGCUUGUUUGCCUGGCAGUGGCUUUCUCUGGACCUUGGAGUUUUAUAUGAUGCCCAAGUACAGGGCCGCGGGUGGCGCUGUGGGUUAAACCACAGAGCCUAGGACCUGCCGAUCAGAAGGUUGGCAGUUUGAAUCACCACGAUGGGGUGAGCUCCCGUUGCUCAGUCUCUGCUCCUACCAACCUAGCAGUUCGAAAGCACAUCAAAGUGCAAGUAGAUAAAUAGGUACCGCUCUGGCGGGAAGGUAAACGGCGUUUCCGUGAGCUGCUCUGGUUCACCAGAAGUGGCUUAGUCAUGCUGGCCACGUGACCCGGAAGCUGUAUGCCAGCUCCCUCGGCCAGUAAAGCAAGAUGAGCGCCGCAACCCCAGAGUCGGUCACGACUGGACCUAAUGAUCAGGGAUCCCUUUACCUUUACCGGGCAUGACAUAAGGAACCAUGAUUUGCUCCUAGAAAAUUAGAAACCUCUGUAAUGAUUCCAUGUAGGGCGGCUCCCAUCUUUGUUUUGAAGGACCAGGACAGUGUCAGUAAUUUCUAUACAGCAUCCUUGCAGUAGUAAUUGUUGUUGUUGAUUUGUUGUUGUUGUUGUUAUACCGUUCAUGUACGUGCCACUUUACAGACUUUCGAAAGCAAAACACAGACAGAAGCUUACAAUGAAAAAUCAGUGAUGAGGAAAAUGACAGCGCAAGGGAGAUAGGAUAAAAAUGAAGUGUCAGCAAACAUAUUUACAUUCCAAUCCUAUAGACGAGGGAAAUUGUUGGACUAUAAUUCCCAUCAUCCCUGACCACAGGCCACUCUGCCUGUGGCUGAUGAGAAUUGGAGUCCUGCAACAUCUGCAAAGCCAUAAAAGUUUAGAUUUUUGUGUCUGUGUUUUAAGCUUAAUUACAUCUGGGAAUGAGUACUGAGCCAGAGUCCUCAUGGAAAAUGUUUCCUUUUAGGGAGCAAACUGAUGGAAGGGGUGGCGGCGGCACCACAGACAUGUUUAGGGAAGGGAUUUAGGAUGCAAAGCAGAAACUGAGUGUGAGUGGAACCAGAGAGGCGACUUCAGCAGUUUGGGAAAGUCAAGGGCAGGGAUGGGAAGCCUCAGGGUCUUGGGCCAGAUGUGUCCCUCCAGACUUCUCUUUCUGGCCUUCAGAACUCUCCCCAGCCCACACCCCUUUCUAACCCUGCUGCUUUGCACCCUCCUUGAAUGUUUUUGCCUGGCUGGAAUGUGUCUUUGACCUCUGACAAUGCCUCUUGCUUGUCUGGAUACAGCAGGGGUAGCCAACCUUUUUAUACCUACCGCCCACUAAUGCAUCUUUCUUGAUGGUAAAAUUUCUUUACUACCCACUAGUGCUUGAUGGAAGGAGGAUUCAACUUGUGCCGUAGAACCCCCUACCUUCCACCUAGAAUCCUGAAAUACCCACUAAUGGGCGGUAGGGAUCAGGUUGACAACCCCUGGGAUAGAGGCUAGAGAGGAGUACAUGUGAGUUUGUGUACAGAGGCGAAAGUCACAUUGGUUGCUCUGCUCAGUUUUACCUCUGGCAUGUGGUCCCUGGAAAGUUGCCUAGAAAGGAAUGAAGCCCAUGGAUUGAAAAGGCUUCCCUGCUCCUGGUUAGGGGUUUUGGCUGGAUUUGGAAGCAGAACCCCCAGCUCAGGUGCGAAGCCAAGUGCAUAACCUGUCUGUUCCAUCAAGGUAAACAUCUCUGUUCUUCCUCUUCUGAAGCUGGGGAAAUGGCUUCUCUUCCUGCGUUUUUCUGAAAGCAAACAAAACAAAAAAACCCAUAUCCAACCAAGCUAUGUUUUGUUUUGUUUUCCUGCAAAGUUAGCAAAAGGAGUUCUCUGCCUAGGUAACAGCAAGGAAGACUGGGUGGAAGUCUUGCUAAGGAAGUGCAAGGGUGACAGAGGUGGAUUUUGGGGAACACGACUAGUUUGCCCACACUGGGCAUUGAGUUCAGAGGGCACCGCAACAAUGAUAAGAGGCUGGGGCAGAGGGCGUCAAAUUUUGGCGUUGCGGAGGGAUUUAUUCAAAUUCAAAAGCCUAAAGUCUGCUGCUGGCUAAGCAUCCCUUUGCCGCAUGCACAAGUUGGUUCCUGGGCAGACAAGUUUCGAUGUGGAAAGGGUUCUGCUCCUUGCAGCUGGAAGCUUUCCGAACCUUGCGGCUCAACAGAUGUGUGGACCUAUUUAAUCCUGAUGCACUCAAAUCCACCCACCCCUCCAUUCCUGUGAACAGAUGCAGCCUUAAAGGUGCAAGUCAUUCAUCACCACUCAUCAUAUCUGCCACAGAGAAGCCUCGUCAAGUCUCUCCUUCCCAAGGGCAUGACCUCUCCCCUGCUUGAAAAUGGUAGGUGAGGUAUUUCUCUAAAAUGCUUUUUUUUAAAAACCGCUAAUGUGGACCAUCAACAGGGAACCAGGCAUCCCAGAAGAAGGGAGUAGAGGGUGCUAGGACCCCUCUGAGACUGGGGGACUGAGGCCCACCUACCCCUACCUCCCCCAUCCCUGGAUAAUCAAUCUACAGCUGCUAUAAUCAAAGCUAAUUCAUAAGGAACCCCCAAAAAAGCUAAUUCAAGAGGGAAGGGUGCAGCCUAAGGAGAUAUUUGGUCAUAUAAAUGAGGAGUAGGGAACCUUAAGCCCAGGGAGUGAAUAUGCCCCCCCCCCCGGCAUCUCUGUUUGGCUCUCAGAACUGCCCCCAGGCCAUAACUGGACCUGCUCCAUGCCCCCCCUCGAGUGCUUUUAACUGCUGGGAUGUGUCUCUGAUCUGUGGUGAUGCCUCAGAGGAUGCGUAGGGUAAGGGGGACUGUGUGCAGAAACAUCUGGAUUUUGUGUGGCUGUGGGCUAUUGUACAAAGGCAGGAAUCGCGUCCAUUGCCCUGGCUCCAACUUACACUGGCAUGAGACUGCCAAUGGAAAAUGAAAAAAGUUCCCCUGGUGGGAACUGGAGUCCACCAAUAUUAGGACCAUGUUUUCUUCUUCUACUGUAGAUGCUACGAGUAGUAGUGAAAAUGAAGACCUUCCUAGGUUCUAUUGAUGCUUGUUAAAGUAUUGUCAGUCAUCUGGAAUAUAUACAUCCUUUCAAUAAAUGGGAAAACAUUGGAGUAUGAGGAGACGAAUGGGGAACUUGCAGCCCUCCAGGUGUUGACGGAUUCCAGGUUCUAUCAUCUACAGCCAGCAUGCCCAAUGGUCGGGGGGUGGAAAUUGUAGUUGGAAAUUGUCAACAUCUGGAGGGCAUCAAGUUCCCCACCUCUGGCUUAGGAGAAAAUGAACGAGUUCUGCAAGCAGGUUUCACUCAGGGGUUGUUUGGGUGGGUUGUUCCUCUUUUAAUUUAGUUUCAGCUCUACAGAAAUCACUCAAGCCUUCCCAGUGAAAGCAGUGACACAUCCAGCUCUGGCCUGGGCAGCAUCAUCGAAACCCCCAAACACAUCCUCUACUCAGCUUGCAGUUUACCUCACACCUUGGAUGACUUGCUGGCCGGGCUGUCAGUUCCGAAGAAAGCCCCUCGCAGGCCCCCGCCAAGCCGCCCUCGCCGCAGCAGCAGCCCCAGCGUCCCUGUCGACCUGGACAUGAGCGACGGGGAGACCAGCCUCUCCGACAGCGGCUCGGAGUCUCCUGUGUGUGUGGAACUGCCGCCACAGCCCUUCAUCCGCGAGCACACCGUCAGCAGCACCAGCGCUCAGGUGGGGCCUCCUGACACAAAAUGGCCUCCUCUGCAUUGCUAGGUUACUGUGACUGGAGAGCCAGGUCUCUCUUUGAGCCAAAAGCUGAACUCCUCUUCAACUACCCCACUGGGUAAAUGGGGGUGCAACAUUUGAGCAUAGAUAGAUCACAUUUAGUGCACCUCUGAGGAACCUAUAUUGUUACAUGCACCCCAACCCUAUGAGACGUGAGAGAUUUCGGGGGCUCCAGUGCUUGUCUAAGUGUCUGUGGAAUAAGGUUUGAGGAGAGUGACUGGAGCCUUGUAUCAAAUGGGUUGUUGUUGUUGCUGCUACUGCUAUUUCGAUUUAUAUACUGCCCUUUAUCAAAGGAUCCCAGGGUGGUGUACAACAUUAAGAACACAUUUUAUGGAGCAUAAUAAUUAAAGCAUCAUAAAAAGCAUCAUAAUAGGCAGCAUCAUAAUAAAAUCAUCACAAUAGCAGGCUAUUUAUAUCAGGGAUGGGUCCAUAUGCUACUAAACUACAACUCUCAUCAUCCCUGGCCAUUGGCCAUGCUGGCUGGAGCUGAUGGGAUAUGGAGUCCAAGAACUUCUGUAGAGACUACAGAUUCCCCAUCCCUGAUUUAUACACGUACACAGGUUGAGCAUAGGUGGAAAAUACAGAGGUCCCAGGUGCAAUGCUCCCCAUCAGAUUUCUAAUGGAACUGCCAGAGCCUUUUACAGUGCCUUUUACAGAGAGCAAUUCAGCCCUCUGUAUCCUUUUGUCCAUUGAUUCUCCAUCAGUCACAAAAACAUCUGCAGGUUGAUCGCUUCCUUCUCUUUUAACCCCUCUCCCUGCUUACUGGGGUUGGGGACAAUAAGGCUUAGUCAUCGCUCUUCAUCCUUUUUCUGAGCCAUCUUAACUCCCAUCGAAACACAUCACCUGACUGCCACCGGCUAUAAAUAGUCUUCUUUCAGGCCUUAAGACGUGUUGCCUCAGGAUAAGCCACCCUUGACAGCUCUGCUCACAGAAACCUUAAGAGCAAAAACUUCACACAAGGAAUCCCAGUGGGUCAUCCAGGCCAACUGCCCUCCAAGUGCACAGCAAUAGUCUUCAGUUUCAAGUGCCAGGAAAUUACUGUGUUUGGAAUAUAGCUUGUAUUGGACAGUGGCAUGGUUUGCACAUAAAGCUGAGCUAAACCAUGACUGUACAAGAAGGAACGAGUGUGCCAUUGGUAUUCAUAGCAAAAAUCACAGCUGCUUCAUUCCUCUCCCUGCUGCUGCUGCUUCACUACCAGGAGCAAAACUAUGUUUUGGCUUAUCAUGGCAUCCAAAACCAGGCUUGUAGUUUGUCUGCCCCCAAGACAAACAAUGAGUGGUUAGCCAAGAACUUACAACGCGGGUGGUGCUGUGGUCUAAACCACUGAGCCUCUUGGGCUUGCUAAUGGGAAGGUCAGCGGUUCAAAUCCCAAUGACGGGGUGAGCUCCUGUUGUUCUGUCCCAACUUCUGCCAACCUAGCAGUUUGAAAGCACACCAGUGCAAGUAGAUAAAUAGGGACCACUGCGGCAGGAAGGUAAAUGGCAUUUCCACACGCUCCGAUUUCCAUCACUGUGUUCUGUUGCACCAAAAGCGGUCUAGUCAUGCUGGCCACAUGACCCGGAAAGCUGUCUGUGGACAAACGCUGGCUCCCUUGGCCUGAAAGCGAGAUGAGCACCACAACCCCAUAGUUGCCUUUGACUGGACUUAACUGUCCUGGGGUCCUUUACCUUUACCUUUUUUUUAAAGCCAAGAACUAACACUUGGCUGCAGGGUCCAGCAUUAAGCCGCACACUGCCAAAUUCAGGUUGCACAGUUAUAGUUGAUUGGGAGGUGUUGUGCAACCAACUCGCUUCCCGGAGAGACUGGACAUCUUGUGCUAAGAGAAAUGUUGGGGAAAUGCACUGGAAAGUGUGGAGCAGCACUUGCUAACCUCCCUACAAACAAGUCAGGGUGAAUGUUCAAUAGACAGGCUGCCUGGAAGCACCCCUAGUAUUUUCUGCUAUAUCAGAGAAGACUAAGGCUACCUCUUGGUGAAUGUCCCUUAAGGGCAGUGGAGGCUGGUUGUUGUUGUUGUUUAGUCGUUUAGUCAUGUCCGACUCUUCGUGACCCCAUGGACCAGAGCACGCCAGGCACCCCUAUCUUCCACUGCCUCCCGCAGUUUGGUCAGACUCAUGUUUGUGGCUUCGAGAACACUGUCCAACCAUCUCGUCCUCUGUCGUCCCCUUCUCCUUGUGCCCUCAAUCUUUCGCAACAUCUGGGUCUUUUCCAGGGAGUCUUCUCUUCUCAUGAGGUGGCCCAAGUAUUGGAGCAUCAGCUUCAGGAUCUGUCCUUUCAGUGAGCACUCAGGGCUGAUUUUCUUAAGAAUGGAUAGGCUUGAUCUGGUUAGGAGGCUGGUACAUUAGGGUAAAGAGAUCACUGCCCAGCCAACCUCCAUCUGUCUUCAACCAGCCACCACCUGUCCACCAUCUUCCUUACAACCAGCCCCAGGGGUGGCCCUGAAUGCCAGCUUCCUCCUCCUUACUUCCUGCAGAACUCAACAGGGUAGAGGAUGGGGGACAAAACUAGAAUCAGCUGGGUUUGUUCUGGCUCCACUUACUACUGGUCUCCUUGUUUUCUGUCCCAUAAAUCCCAAUGGGCACCAGCCACCACGGUUCCUCCCUGCACCAGUGAAAGGACCCCUUUAGCACCCACUUCCCUGAAGAUGUUGGGAUCAAGUGAAAGAGCUCAUCUCCUAGCUUUCUGCAUGAUGCCCUUUUUCUCUCCUCCAUAGGUUUCUUGGUCAGGCCCACACAACGGGGAGUUGAUUUCCUUCUAUGAGCUGCAACUGCAGGAGGCCAGGCUGGAUGGUCAAGGCAAGAACAUCCAUUGGUUUUGCUCGCAGACAGAAGAGCACCUGGAGAAUCUGACUCCUGGCACUACGUACUUGCUCCGCGUGAGGUCUCUCAAUGUGGCAGGUGCUGGGAGGUGGAGUGCACCCUACAAGGUGAGCACAGUCCUCCUGGUGGGGAGGUGGGUGCACGUACCAUAGAGUUGGGCAUCCAAAGAAUGUAGAAAGGCACACCCGUUGCACUUUCACCCAAAGCCCAAUUCAGGGAUGCUGACCCUGGUAGAAAAGUCAGAACCAUUGAUAACAGCAAAAAGGCACAUCAGAGGUAAAAUGAAAUAGAGAAUAAAUGGAAGAAUUGUUCAUAUUUGUAGCAUUUUGAUUUUUAAAAAAAUUAAAUGUGCAGGAGGUACGGUAAACAAGUGCUUUUUAAGACACAAACAGACAGACAGAGAAACCUGCAGGCUUUGGUGAAUAAAGCACUGUCAAUGAAUUAUAUGCCAGUUUUAACCUUUGGCACUCUGUUUUGCAAAGCCCUAAGCCAAUCCACAUUUUCAACUGUAGUUAGGGGAAUCCGGUAAAUAAAUAAAUAUUAGUAGUACAUGUUAGAAAUGCAUAAAUAUUAGAAGUACAUGGAUUCACUUCUUUUCAGUCGAAUCUGAACUACAGUGCUCCAACUUAUUUAGAGUAGAUGCAAUCCCCAAAAUGUAACCGCCGCAUAGGUUGUGGGCUGACUAUUGUUGUGACUAUUUCAGCAGUCACCUAUAAAAUGGCAUGAUUGAAGCUAACUACCCCAGCAACCCUUUUACUCUAACCCCAAACUAAUGAAGCACCAAUGUUCAUGCAUCUCCAGGAUAUUUUUUAUUAUUAUAUUUUUAUCCUGCCUUUCUUCCCAGGAGUUCAAGGUGGCAUGCAUGGAGUCGGAUCUAAGAACUUAGCUGAACUUUGCUGCUUUUGAAACCACAGUCACAACUAGUUUUUCACAUUGGUUUCAAUUGGAACUAAGUGCAACUAAGUAAAUUAGCCUGGACCCAAAUCAUAGUCCUUUUCCCCAUUCCACCAUCUCCAUAUUUUACCCUCACAACAAGUUUGGUUGAGCUGAGAGGUAAUGGAUUGGCUCUAAGUCUCCUGGUGAGUUUCACAGCUGGACCUGGGGUUUCCCCAGUCCUAAUCUAACACUCUAACCAGUACACCUCACUGCCUCUGAGGGAAAUUGGCUUUGCCAAACAUAAUAUGCAUGGUCAUGUUUCAAGAUGCAAGCAAGUCCACUUUUGAUGUAGAAAACACCCUUGCAAGAUGCAUAGCUCUGCUGCUAACCGCUGCAACUUUAGCAGAUUUCUAGCGUGCUGUUUUGCAUUUCGUUGCCUCCCUGUAACAAGCUCUUCCCCUUUGCUUCUUCCAGUUUGGCACGAUGCCUUCUGUGGCAGGAAUGCCUCUGGACCCGGCUCCUGUCACUGUCACCGUGCGGCGGUGCAGGAAGCCUCAGAAGAAGACGAUCUUUAUCCCUGCCCCCUAAGAGGACUGACAACAUGGAAGUAAAGGAUGGCACCUCCCACUUGCCCCUGCAUGUUAUUCCACAUCUCCCCAUAACUGCUGUUUGGUACCU